GUUUGAUUAGUUGCUGUUAGUUGAUGAUAGGUGGUUAGGUUAGGAUGAUUUUCUUUAGAUUGUUAGGUUUUGAUUGUUGCUGAAAGUGUUUGGAGCUUGUUUGCAGUUUAUGAUGGAAUUGUUGUUUUGAUGUGAAACUGGGCUGAGAUGGUCUGAAGUCUGAACAUUGUUGCUUGUGUGGAAAUUUACUACUUUAUUGCAAAAUUGCUGAAAUUGUUGCUGAAACUAUUGAGAUUGUUUAAUCCUAUUAAUGCACUAUGUCGUAUCUGAUUUUGCUGCCAUAUGCUUACCGAAUCAAUUGGAUUGUGCGUACGAAUUGCUGUUUUGCAUUAUUUUCAUCAUGCUAUCAUGCUAUUCUUGAGUUUGAAUUGCAAUUUGUUUGGAUUGCUGAGAUAUUGUUGAGAUAUUGCUGCUGGGAUUAUUGUGUUUGAAUUGCAUUUUGAUUAAUUGAACUCCUCCACUUUGUUGUUGUUGACUUGUUGUUGUUGCUGCCAAGUUCUCCUCCAUCUAAGAAUCUCACCAAUAAUUGAACUUCCACUCAUCACCACACUAAACCCAGAAAAUGUUGCAAGAAUUAUUGACAGAAUUGCUCUCUUGGUAACCUGAAAUUGACCAUUCUAAUCUACUCAAGCCAGUUUUCUACUGCUACAAACUCUCAGAUUUUUUUCAUCUGAUUUUUAUCAGAUUCUAUUCCCAUUCUCUUUUAUAUCUUUUUAUACCUUAUAAAAAAAUGGGAAGCAUUAAGGGUGUUUCAAUUUCUAAUUUUCUAUAUAACCUUUAUCAUGUUCUCUUAGCAUAUUGAAUGGGGUUUAGCUGAGUUUCAAUCCAUUUUAGUUUCUGGGUACUCAACAUGCUAUUGUAAAGAUUGUAGUAUGUUUCUUUGGCUGUUGCUAAGCGGGUGCAAGAGGCUGCUUGUUCAGCUUUUGCAACACUUGAAGAGGUUCUGACUACAAUAUCUGUUUGUUUUCGCUUAAUGAAUCAUAUUCAGUUAUCCAAUUUACUUAAUUUUAUGUAUGGCCCACAUUUGGUUUACUUCAAACAGGAGGCUGCAGAAGAGUUGGCACCACGAUUAGAAAUUAUAUUGAAACACCUGAUGCUAGCGUUUGAGAAAUAUUAGGCUCUGCUCUGCGUCCGCCGAAGAUCUGCUGUCUUGCUGGCGGCUUGCUUUGCAACGGUGCAAUGUGGCGACGACCCCAAGUUGGAAACGUCCCCGAGUGUUUCUGGGUUUCUGCUUCUGCUGUAGAAUGAGCAGGUUUGCGAGAACUAUUGAUGCCGAGGGCGUUGCCAUUCUAAAGCGCCGCCAAUAACUCAACCAGGGAGCCGCUCUCAGUUAUCAUCAUCACUUCCCAAUUUCAAAAGUCAUCGGAGAAGUUUCUGUCACCUUGAAGUGCAAUAUUCAGUUCUCAGUGGCAGUGCGUGCCAUCCCUCUUCAUGGCCUUCAUCAAACAAAGGGUUAGAUUAUACAGCUCUCUUUCCCCACUCUCACUCUGCACUUUCAAACUCUAUUCUUCUUCUUCCGAAGCUUUGAUUUCAAAAGCUCAUGACACAGACGAAACCACAGAAACUGCCCAAACCACUAACCUGUCACCCCAAGAGACCAUUAUAGCAGAACAAUUUCACUCUCUCAUUAAAGACCACUACCGCAAGAACCCUAAUCCCAACGCCACCCCACCCACCCCCAAUUUCACCAUACCCGAUCUCAACAUCAGUUUUUCCAAAAUCUCCGCCACAGAAACUGUUUCCCCCGCCGUCACCCGCAAGGUUAUCGAGAAAUGCGGGGGUGUCCGCCAUGGCAUCCCCUUGCUCCAGUCUCUCGCGUUCUUCAACUGGGCCACCUCCCUCGAGGGCUUCCCUUCAUCCCCUGAGCCCUACAACGAGAUGAUCGACCUUGCCGGAAAGCUGAGGCAUUUCGAUUUGGCAUGGCAUUUGAUCAAUUUGAUGAAAGUUCGCAGAGUCAAAAUAACCAUCGACACGUUUUCUGUCCUUGUCCGACGAUACGUGAGGGCCGGAUUGGCUGCGGAGGCGGUUCACGCCUUUAACCGCAUGGAAGACUUUGGUUGCUUCCCUGAUAUUGUUGCAUUUUCAAUUGUGAUUAGUAGCUUAUGCAGGAAGAGAAGAGCAAUUGAAGCUCAAUCAUUUUUUGAUAGUCUUAAGGAUAGGUUUGAGCCUGAUGUUAUAGUGUAUACUAGUUUAGUUCAUGGUUGGUGCAGGGCUGGGAAUAUAGCGAAAGCCGAGGAGGUUUUCAGGGAUAUGAAACUGGCUGGAAUCAAGCCUAACACAUACACUUACAGCAUUGUGAUUGACUCACUGUGCCGGUGUGGUCAGAUUUCUCGUGCUCAUGAUGUUUUCUCAGAGAUGAUUGAUGCCGGCUGCGAUCCUAAUGCGGUUACUUUCAAUAGUCUCAUGCGAGUUCAUGUGAAAGCUGGAAGGACUGAAAAGGUCUUGCAAGUUUACAAUCAGAUGAAGAGGCUGGAUUGUCCUGCUGAUACGAUUACUUAUAAUUUCCUAAUUGAGAGUCAUUGCAGGGAUGAGAAUCUUGAAGAAGCUGUGAAGGUUCUCAACUCAAUGGUUAAGAAAGGGGUUUCUCCUAACGCGUCAAGUUUCAAUUCAAUUUUUGGAUGCAUAGCUCAGUUACAUGAUGUUAAUGCUGCUCAUAGGAUGUAUGCUAGAAUGAAGGAGCUGAAGUGCCAGGCUAAUACAUUAACUUACAAUAUAUUGAUGAGAAUGUUCGCGGACUCAAAAUCAAUUGAUAUGGUUUUGAAAUUGAAGAAGGAGAUGGAUGAGAAUCAAGUUGAGCCCAAUGUGAAUACUUAUCGAAUUUUGAUUUCAAUGUAUUGUGAAAAGGGGCACUGGAACAAUGGCUACAAGUUUAUGAAGGAGAUGGUUGAAGAAAAAGGACUAAAACCUAAUCAAUCUGUUUAUGAAAUGGUUCUAGAGCUGUUGAGGAAAGCAGGGCAGCUUAAACUGCAUGAGGAUUUGGUGGAAAAGAUGGUUGCCAUGGGAUUUGUCUCUCGCCCUUUGUAGAAGUAGCUUCACUUGUCACAUCUUAGUUUAUAUUAAACUAUAAACUACUUGUAUUACCUGCUUAACUCAUAGUUUAGUUGGUUAAGAAAAUAGUUGGAGAGUUCUUUAUUUUA